CUCCUCUGCCCUGGGGCCACUGGCCCCGCCGGUUCCCGGGGGCCUUCUUAUCCCUGGACCGAGAGGGAACCGUCCCACCUGUCCCAGGAGCUUACUAAAGGCCUACCCCUCGUUUGUUGCCAGCUGCGAUAUUCUUUAUUGUAGAAAUCAUCAGAAGGUCUGGAAUUAACAGCCCUGAUUUUCCUGGGUUUGAAAAACCAGUCCUCCCACCUGCGAGAGGUAAUUAUUUCCAGCAGAAAAGGAAACCACCAUCUGGCAUUCUCACCAUAUUUCUACCUGCCAUGAUCAAGUGCUUAUCCGAUGAAGUACAAGCCAAAUUGCGUUCUGGUUUGGCCAUAAACUCCUUAGGCCAAUGUGUUGAGGAGCUUACCCUCAACAGUAUUGAUGCUGAAGCAAAAUGUGUGGCUGUCAGGGUGAAUAUGGAAACCUUCCAAGUUCAAGUGAUAGACAAUGGAUUUGGGAUGGGGAGUGAUGAUGUAGACAAGGUGGGAAAUCGUUAUUUUACUAGUAAAUGCAACUCUGUACAGGACUUGGAAAACCCAAGGUUUUAUGGUUUCCGAGGGGAGGCCUUGGCAAGUAUAGCUGACAUGGCCAGUGCUGUGGAAAUUUCAUCCAAGAAAAACAGGACAAUGAAAACUUUUGUGAAACUGUUUCAGAGUGGGAAAGCCCUGGAAGCUUGUGAAGCUGAUUUGACUAGACCAAGUGUCGGGACAACAGUAACAGUAUAUAACCUAUUUUACCAGUUACCUGUAAGGAGAAAAUGCAUGGAUCCUAGACUGGAGUUUGAGAAGGUUAGGCAGAGGAUAGAAGCUCUCUCACUCAUGCAUCCUUCCAUAUCUUUCUCCUUGAGAAAUGAUGUUUCUGGUUCCAUGGUUCUUCAGCUCCCUAAAACCAAAGACAUAUGUUCCCGAUUUUGUCAAAUUUAUGGACUGGGUAGGUCCCAAAAGUUAAGAGAAAUAAAAUUUAAGUACAGGGAGUUUGAGCUCAGUGGAUAUAUCAGCUCUGAAGCACAUUACAAUAAGAAUAUGCAGUUUUUGUUUGUGAACAAAAGACUAGUUUUAAGGACAAAAUUGCAUAAACUCAUUGACUUUUUAUUAAGGAAAGAAAGUAUUAUAUGCAAGCCAAAGAAUGGCUCUGCCAGUAGGCAAAUGAAUUCAUGUCCUCGGCAUCGGUCUAACCCAGAACUCCAUGGGAUAUAUAUAAUGAACGUGCAGUGCCAGUUCUCUGAGUAUGAUGUAUGCAUGGAGCCAGCAAAAACUCUGAUUGAGUUUCAGAACUGGGAUACUCUCUUGGUUUGCAUUCAGGAAGGAGUAAAAACGUUUUUAAAGCAAGAAAAAUUAUUUGUGGAAUUAUCAGGUGAGGACAUUAAGGAAUUUAGUGAAGAUAAUGAUUUUAGUUUACUUGGUACUGCUCUUCAGAAGCAUAUGUCCUCUGAUGAGAAGUGUGACCAGGUCAGUUUCCAGGAAGCGUGUAAUAAUAUUGUGGAUUCCUAUGAAAUGUUUAAUUUGCAAUCAAAAGCUGUGAAGAGAAAAGCUACUGUGGAAGACAUAGACACACAGAAUUCUAGGGGUUCAGAAGUGAUCAGAAAAAAGACAAAUGAUUCGUUUUUGCCCAGCUGUAAACCAGGUGGCUCAGCCAAUAGUAAAAUUAUGGAGUCAUCUUUACAAAAGAGAGAGAACUCUUGCUCAGAGUCAGAGCUCUUAGAACAGGAGACAGUUGAAGCAUUAGAAUCAGAAGAAAAUGAGAAACAAAAAAAAACUUGCUCGAAACUUAACUCUCCAGAAGACCCAUGUGGAACCAGUUCGGAGUUGUUUGCAAGCCCUUUUCAGGCACCACAUCACUUUGAGGAUAGUGAGAAAGAUCUAGAAAUACAGAAAGUAAGUACCACUGUUAAUGGCAUGGCUGCCAACAUCCUGAAAAAUAAUAUAAUUCAGAGUCAACCAGAGAGAGUUAAAGAUGCUACUGAAAUGGGAUGCCAACCUUUGCCCUUUGAGACAAUAUUUUUGAGAGCAAAUGGUACUCAGAGAGGAGAAGAAGAGAAAAGGAAAAAAGAGACUAGUAAUUAUGGAGGCAAAAACAUUUUUAGUUAUGGACAAGUUAAAUUGUGUUCCACUGGCUUUAUAACUCAUGUGGUACAAAAUGAGCAAACUAAAUCAACUGGAACAGAACAUUCAUUUAAAAAUUGUGUUCGACCUGGUCCUGUGAGUGCCAGAGAAACAUUUGGAAAUAGAACAGGCCAUUCAGUUGAGACUCCAGGCAUCGAAGAUUUAACCAGCACUUUAAGUAAAGAAGCUGCUCAACUGCCGAACAAAGUAUUUUGUAGAACAAAUAUAAGUUAUAAACUAGAGAACAAACCUGUAGGAACUUACAAAAAUCUUGCUGUUUUUCAGGAACAUAGUACAAAAUCACGUACAAGUUGCUUAUUACCUGAUACAUCCUCUUCUUUUCCUUGGUAUAAAGAUGUUUUAAAUGGUAGUAAGAAAACAGAUAAAUUGAUUGGUUCCUCCCAACCAGUAGCCCAAAAGAAGCUAAGCUUGAAUUCACAGCUAGGAUCCUUAGAGAAGUUUAAGAGGCAAUAUGGGAAAGUUAAAAAUCCUCUGAAUACAGAAGUGGAGGAAAAUAAUAAUUUUGAAAUCGCUACUGAUUUCAGUCCUCAAGCUGAAUCUGACAUUCCAUUGGAAGACAAAAACCACUUAGAUAACUCUGAUACUUGUAAAAUCUCUUUGAAACGUAAUGAUUCAAAUGGUAGUUGUGAACCAGUAAGUCACAUCCUUUACUCAGAGAAGUUUCCAUUCUCCAAGGAAGAAAGCUGUUUGGAACAAGAGACACCUUGUUUGAGAGAAAGCCCUAUAAAGGAGUUAUUUCACCUUGACAGAAAAUCCUUGAAUGUUGAGAAGUCACUAGCCUCUAAAUUGUCCAGAAUGAAGGGUUCCGAAAGAGAGCCUCAAACAAUGGAGAUUAUGAGUCAUUUUAACGAACUUCCACAAUCAGAUUCCAGCAGGAAAGACAGAUUAACCCUAGAUUCUUGCAAAUUAUUCAGAAAUGAGCAAAAAAAUCCAGAAAGUAGCAUCAUCCCAAUGUCAGACUCUGUUGCACAGGAUAAUUCCGUCAAUAAAGAUAGAGAAACACCUGACAACAAUACAACAGGGAACUGUGUGAUACCGGAAACUCCUUUGGUAUUGCCCUCUAAUAAUUCUCAAAUUAUCAGUAAAGAUUCAGGUGAUCCUAUACCUUCAGAACCGCAGGUAGGAAAUACUGACUCUCCCAGUGGAGUGUUGGUGAGCCACGUAGCCGAUUCCACAGCCGACCAAAAUGAAACUGGUUUUCAGAGUGAGGAAUCUAACGCAAGAGCUUGUUCUGAAAAUGAAGACUCAAACACGUGUCCUGUGGAUUGGCAGCAGCAUUUCGAUGUCGCCUUGGGAAGAAUGGUUUACAUCAACAAAAUAACUGGACUUAGCACAUUCAUUGCUCCUGCUGAGGACACUCGGGCCGCUUGUACGAAAGAUCUGACAACCGUGGCUGUGAAUGUCGUUCUUGAGAAUGGGUCUCAGUACAGGUGUCAUCCUUUUCGAAGCGACCUUGUUCUUCCUUUCCUUCCUAGAGCUCGGGAAGAGAGGGCUGUGAUGAGACCAAAUAACAGAGAUACCGUGGGUGAUGCUGUGGGGAGCAGAUCACUUCAGUCCUUGUUCUCCGGAUGGGACAAUCCAGUAUUUGCCCGUUAUCCAGAGGUUGCUGUUGAUGUAAGCAGUGCCCAGGCUGAGAGCUUAGCAGUGAAAAUUCACAACAUCUUGUAUCCUUAUCGUUUCACCAAAGAAAUGAUUCAUUCGAUGCAGGUUCUCCAGCAAGUGGAUAACAAGUUUAUUGUCUGUUUAAUGAGCACCAAGACUGAAGAGAAUGGUGAGGCAGGUGGAAACCUGCUGGUAUUGGUGGAUCAGCAUGCUGCCCAUGAGCGUGUUCGUUUGGAGCAGCUUAUUAUUGAUUCCUAUGAGAAGCAACAGCCACAAGGCUCUGGUCGGAAAAAACUACUAUCUUCUACUAUCAGUCCGCCACUAGAGAUAACAGUGACGGAGGAACAGAGGAGACUCUUGUGGUGUUACCACAAAAACCUGGAAGAUCUGGGCCUUGAAUUUAUAUUUCCAGACACUAGUGAUUCUCUGGUCCUUGUGGGAAAAGUACCACUCUGUUUUGUAGAAAGAGAAGCCAAUGAACUUCGAAGAGGAAGAUCCACUGUGACCAAGAGUAUUGUGGAGGAAUUUAUUCGAGAACAAGUGGAGCUACUCCAGGCCACAGGAAGCAUCCAAGGGACUUUGCCACUGACUGUCCAGAAGGUGUUAGCAUCCCAAGCCUGCCAUGGGGCCAUUAAGUUUAAUGAUGGUCUGAGCCUAGCAGAGAGCCAUCGCCUUAUUGAAGCUCUGUCCCGGUGCCAGCUGCCAUUCCAGUGUGCUCACGGGAGACCUUCUAUGCUGCCGUUAGCUGACACAGACCAUUUGGAUCAGGAAAAACAGAUUAAACCCAAUCUUGCUAAACUUCGCAAAAUGGCCCAGGCCUGGAGUUUCUUUGGAAAAGCAGAAGGAUGUGAUACAAGGCAGAGCCUCCAGGCACCUGUACCUCCUUGUGAGCCAAAGUGAGAAUAGAAUUACUGAUCGAUAAGGAACCAGAGAGAUGCCAGCCACAUGCCUCUGAGUGCGGCAUGAGCAGCAGCUGCUAGUGUAGUCCUGACUGAGUCAGCCCGGUGCAGCUGAACAACUUCCAGAUGGCAGGGCCCUCCUUGUCAGUCUUUCUCAAGCAGAUGAUCCCUCUAGGUGAGUAGCAAGAUGGAAUUCAGGCAUGAAGAAAAUCCGUUCAUUCAUUUGCAUCCGUGGACACCUGAAAUUGGCACAUAUCUACUUUUUAUAACUUAUUUAGGGAUAAAAUUUGAUGAUAGUCUGGUUGAUUGGUUUGUGUGUUUUUGUUUUAGAGGAGGGGGUACAAUUUUUUUUCUAACCUCACAAUUUGCAUUUACACAAUUUACCUGAUGCGAAAGUCCCAGGGAUAAAGUCCACUUCCCUGGGCCCACAGUCACUGCUGUACUAGUCACUUCCUUUCCCUUCAGUCUUCUUCACUCCCCUCUGCUGCUUCUGUACAUACUAAAUCUCAGAGUUAAUGUUGACUCUCAGUAAACACAUUCCCUGAAGUCAUCCCAUAGGCCUUUAGCUUGAUAAAGAAAGACAAGGAUAGGAUAAAGAAAAUGUUAAGUCCUGAUCCUGGUUUUUUUGCUUUUGUUUUAGUGCCUCUUUAAAAACUCUUUCAGGGACUCAUGUUGUCCAUAUCCCAGAUCAGUAAAAUGGUGAAAGUGCUCUGAGCUUGUUUUUUAAAACAUGAUUUUUUUUAUAAAUUGUCUGUUUAUGUGAAAUUAAUUGUCAUAUGAAAAUGAAGUAUUUAUUCUUUCAGUCUAACCGAAUGUGUUCAUGAUUUUUUCAGACAAGGGUUCUUUUGGUCCCUUUCAAAUUCUUUCUUGGCUUAAUUACAAUAGGCUUACCUAAUGGUCUCAUAAUUUCAUUUGGGACCAGGAUUGAUCUUCCUUGUUAUUGCCACUCUCAAGCUGUAUUUCCACACCUUUUCAGAGUUGAUUACUGAUUAAUAAGACUCAGUAGACUUAAGUCUCAUAGAAGAAAAAAAGAAAAAAACCCAGCCGGUUAAAUUCAUUGCAACUGGGAUGCUGUACAAUAAAUAAGAUGUUGCUGAGAAUUUCUACUUUUGUAUUUCCACACCAGCCUGUUCAUGUUGGCCUCUAUAUCAAUGGAAUGAUUUUCCUCAUUUUUUAAUACAGGAAACAAAUUUGUGCUCAUGGAAUUAAAGUUCAUUUGCCAGCAGCCCUGGAGUGAAUCUUACAGGAGCAAUGAAGUAUUGCAUUCCUUAGCCUGUGCCUCACAGAAGGUUCAGGGAAGCCCCUCCCAAGUUGUCAAGGGGAUCCUUGUAGAGCUACAUAAUUGAAACCCUGAAGAAUAGGCACUACUGUCUAAAAAUGGUCUUUAUUCUUCCAAGCACAUAUAAACGGGUAUUUCAUAGACUGGGAGACAUGACCUUAGGAAGGGGAGUGUUUUCAGGGGAUUUGCAAGGCUAUCAAGGGGCUCUGCCUCCACUUGCCAGGGCUGCAUGGAGGUUAGCUAUCCUGGGAGUUAAAAAAAAAAAAUCUCUUUAGGUCAGACCAAGUUGCGAGAUUAAAAAAAAAAAAGUGUUACAAUACCUCUUACUAGGAUGAUGGGGUGUGAUUUCAGGUUUUGCUAUCAUCCCAAAGUACUGUUUUCAUGAGAGUAGCACAGGAUUAGAAAAAGUUCUCCAUAAAUUAUGUAGCCAGUCUUCCUGGCUAGCCUGACGCAAGCAAUGUAAGAGAUAAUUGUCCUACUUAUAAACUCAGUAGCAUGUGUCAGCAUAAAACAAGCCUAUUAGCCAAAAUUAUCUAACAGAUUACUUUUAUUGCCUAUUAGGAUUUUGUUUGUUUUGUUUUUAAUUCAGGUGCCACAAGAGCAAAGGCAUAUUUAAUUUUCUAAUACAUGAUAGAAGUGCAGCCAGAAUGCUCCUUAGACGUGAGGGUGGUGAGGCUUCGUCUCAUGUACUUCGGCCAUGUUAUCGUGUUCUCCAGUCCCUGGAGAAGAACAUCAUGCUUGGUAAAGUAGGGUGUUGGCAAAAAAGAGGAAGACCCUCAAUGAGAUGGAUUGACUCAGUGGCAGCAACAGUGGGUUCAAGCAUAACAACAAUUGUGAGGAUGGCACAAGAUCAGGCAGUGCUUUGUUCUGUUGUCACUGUGAGUUGUAAUCGACUCUGCAGUACCUAACAACAAUAUGUGAUAGUAACCAUUAACUCCUCCUGUACGGUGGUUUAAGGUUAACAAAAUAAUUUCUGCAUACUAUAUCGUAUUUUAAUUUCUCAGCAACCCUGUGAGAUAAGGUGGUAUUAUUUUCCCCGUUUUACAAAGGUAGAAACUAAGUCUGAAAAAGAUUAAGUGAUUUGUCUAAGAUCACACAGCUAGUAAGUGGUAAAGCUGAGAGUGGUAUCCAGCUUUUCUGGCUCCAGCAACAAAAAUAAUAGUUGCCAUUUUUUGAG